GCUAUGGCUUUUGACUUGCGUAGUGUUUGGUUGCUGGAACAUGGUAGAAUGUAAGAUUGUUGUUUGUACUUGAGCUAUACAAUGACUCACCGUGGAGCUCUCAAAUGCUACUACUCCUUCCGUCUAACAAAGAAUGUCUCAAUUUUGACCAAAUUUGAAUGCAUCUAUAUACUAAGUCAUGUCUAGAUACAUCCAAAUUUUGACAAACUUGAGACAUCUUUUGUUGGACGGAAGAAAUAUGUAGCUUUCUUGUUUGUUAUGAAGCAUGUUAGGAGGUCUGGUCAAUUGAGAUGACAUUUGCCCCUCUCUGUAUGAGAGAGACGUCUCUGAGCCUUUGACCGUUUUGACUUAGAAAUACAUGGCCGUGCUACUUAAAAUUAAAGAGUUAACUUACUGGUAAAAGAAUUUUGAGACAGUGCGAGAAAGAGCGGUGAGUUUGAACUUGAUCAAUAUCAUGAGAUGAAAAGAGUGUCAUUUAUGUAACAUGUGAAGCUUUGUGCAAUAUGAGCUGAGCUGCCAUGUUUUGCUAGAGGCCGCUACUAACUAUUGGACGAGUAGGACUGCACGAGUACUCAGGCCAUGUCUAAAUGUGCGUGAAUGUAAGGCUGCACACUUUAAGUACUUUGGUCUGCAGUCUUGUGUUUUGGGAGGUUGGACCAUGCACAUGUAUUUUCGAAAUUAGAGUCAACAUGAGAAUUAUUUGUGAGUUACAGUCAAAAGAGGUGUUCGAUUCAUGGUUGGAUUCGACCACCCUAAGCUGGCCAAAUUUUCCCUUCCCCUCUCCUUUACCAUGGGUUGCUUUACUGUAAUAGGAACCCAACUUAUUGUGUCUUUUAAGAUAUCCGCAUGAUCUACUCCCUCCGUUCGAUAAUUAUUGUCGCUGUUUUAGUUCACUCCGUCCCAUGAUUCUUUUUGUCGCAGGAUUAUGAGACGGAGUGAGUAGCAUAUUGGCAAUUUCAGAUUACGAUUUAUCAUAUUCUUGCUCGUUCUUCGACUGCUCGCGGAAAAGAACUUCGUGGUCAGGUCAGGUGCACGGUUAGACGAGACGAGAGAUUGGAUUAGUAUGAGAGCCAGAGACCUUUCAAUUAGUUCUUAUGCUGGUUAACUUAUUAGCACAGUCGUAUCUACGAAUCCAUGACCAAGUGUGCUCUCUUUUGCUCACUAUCAAGCACAGGUACAGCCACGUGAAACCAAAGCUCUAGGGCUAUUAGUAAUUUUGUCGCCACUUUUUCAGCCCUAUUUUUCUCUUCAAGCCCGCCGCGCGCACGCAUGUAUGCAAAGGAAAGGGGGCCAAACAUGGAAAGCUGCUAUAUAUGGGCAAUGCUAAUUAACAGAUGGUGUUGUGUCUGCCAAGCCUCUUUAUCCAGUUGCCGCAUAUCGUGUCCCUGCCUCCUCCGCUGAUCGGCUCACCAGCCACCGUCGGUUAACCGUGCGCGCUUAAGGGAGAGGCGCCGGCGCCGGGACCCCCCGUCGCCCUCCUGUUGUACGGUCCUUCAUGUGUGGCUACAGGGGAUAUACCUUUACAUUCAUGGAUGCACAUUUCAGUUACCACCCAUUGUUCCAAGAUUAAUUUGAGAGAUUAAACAUUUGGAAGAUCCCAGCAGAGGCUGAGUAACUCAGCAAUGGGUUCGUGUGCUUCCAAGGCGGCUCUGGAGCAUAGGAGGUCGGAAAGGUACCACACGAGGAGGCAGGGAAGAAGAGGGCGAGGAGGCAAUGGCCGGUCCUCGAUGCCGGAGGGGCCCAAGCCACGGCUGAUCGAUGCCAGAGGGCGCACCACCGAUUUCUCCAUGAGCGAGAUCGUCCACGUGGAGCCAGCCGGCAAGUCGUCGGAGCACGCCAAGACGUUCCACCUCACCCAGAUGGAGUGGCACCAGAGCCAGCGGGAUUCCAACGGUUGCUGCAAAGAAGACGCCUGGUUUGACUCCGUCAGCAUCCUCGAUGACGAUUCCGAUGAGGAAUUCAAGAGCGUCGAUGGAGAUUUAUCCGAUUACGACGACGACGAAGACGACGAGGACCAGAAGAAGCAAGAGAAGGCGUCCCGUUUGGCGGACGCCCUGUCUCGCAUCGCAGAACUAUGGCGGGGCGUGCCCAUUACAUUAUCCGUCGAACAGUAUCUCAAAAGAGACGAUGGUGAUGACCCUGCACGUAGGAGCCAGAGCAUGGCAAUAUGUGCCAGCAAGCAGUGCGUGCCGAGUUCCAAGGAGAAGAACGACGCGGGGGAUGACAAAGAGCAGCCUACCACCCCGUCUCGCCUACGCCAGCUGCUUCACUCCAUCAGCUUCAACGAGAAGAUGCAGCAGCUCACCUGCGGCAGCCCGGCCAAGAGGAAGUCCACGGUUAUCCGCCUCUCAUACAAGAGGACAUCUUGCGAUGACGGCGAGGACGACGGCAGCGAAAUCGGUGCAGGUGAAUCCAAGAAAUACGUAGUCCGUCCCAAGGGAGGGCUGACGAUCCCCUGUGGAGGAGAAAAACCCACACCAGGAACCUGGUCACGGAUUGAUCCAUCCCUCUUCAAGCUGAGGAGUGAAACCUUCCUCAGGGACAAGAAGAAAUGCGCAGCUCCAAACUACGCCGCGUAUUAUCCUAUUGGCGUGGACUUGUUUGCCUGCCCCAAGAAAGUUCAGCACAUUGCCCAGCACAUUGAGCUUCCCCAGGUCAAACCACACCACAAGCUACCGCCACUUCUGAUUGUCAACAUCCAGAUGCCUAGCUAUCCUGCCGCUAUGUUCCUAGGCGACAGCGAUGGCGAAGGAUUCAGCCUUGUCUUAUACUUCAGAGUCUCCGAGUACUUCGACAAGGAGGUAUCGGAGCAUUUCAAGGAGUCUAUCAUGAGAUUCCUUGAGAAUGAAAGUGAGAAAGUUAAAGGGUUCGCGUCCGAAUCUACAAUCACUUACAGAGAUCGGUUGAAAAUCAUGGCUGGAUUGGUUAACCCAGACGACCUUCAGUUGGGUUCCACGGAAAAAAAGCUUGUCCAGGCAUACAACGAGAAGCCAGUCCUCUCACGCCCUCAACAUAAUUUCUAUGAGGGUGAGGACUACUUUGAGGUGGACCUUGAUAUACAUCGGUUCAGCUACAUUGCAAGGAGGGGACUGGAUUCAUUCCGGGAACGCCUGAAGAACGGCAUCCUCGAUUUGGGUUUGACAAUUCAGGCCCAGAAGCAAGAGGAGCUCCCUGAGCAGGUCCUUUGCUGUGUUAGGCUGAAUAAGAUUGAUUUCAUUAAUCAUGGGCAAGUUCCAAUGAUUGUCACGCUUGAUGAUAAGUGACACAUUGGAUUGUAGUCAUGCAAACUGUUAGAAGACUAGACCCUUUUGAGAUAUGGGAUCGAGAAAAGAACGGUGGAAUAGGCACAAAUUAUGGACUUAUGUACAGGGAAUUUUCUUCCCAAGACAUUCACGGUUUUGCCUUAUAGGAAGGGAAUUUUCCUGUAGUUAUAAUAAUGGACACAUAAGGCGGAAAUGGUCGACCGGGAGUUAGUCUUGAUUCUAGUUAACUUUUCCGCCUAUAUGAGGGUAGCAAUUGUACUCCUAAUCUUGCCAUGUCAUGUUACAUUCUGUCACUGAUCAGUGGACAGUACAGGGAAAAACUAAAAAGGCUCAGUGAUGAUCAGAUUGGCAUUUCCCAUAAAAAAGCAGAUCAACGUGGAAUCUGCACAAUAAGAUGUCAGAAAUUAGAAAUAGCCGAAGUUUGCUGCAAAAUUCUCCAACGCACCUGCUAAUUACCUUCUGAGACGGAUUGUAUCCGGUGUAGCAGACCUUGUGUGUAUUUUUACUUGGUCCUGUAAAUCGUACCCUAUAUUUGAGAUGCAUUUUCUUUACUCGAAAA